CUUGCGGCGCCGUUCGGUGGUGGCAGCAGAUGCAGCAGCAGGAACAUGUAAAAUGGCGUCGGGAGAAACAAACAGAGCCUGCUGUCCUACAGUAUUUCACCUUAACGACAGAACAAACGGCCGCCGGGGGUCUGACAGGAAGCAGUCGUCAUGCUGUGAGGUCGUGACCUCGCUGGCUCUGUGACCAGGAGGAGGACCAGGACCAGGAGGACAUGGCGGCUGAACUUUUCUCCACCAGCCUCCCUCACAGUAACGAGGUGGAGGUGAAGAAGAGUUUCAUCCAGCCGAGUGAACCGGAGCCGCCGGCCAGGAACCACGACAACGACCACGACAACGGAGGCCCCGUCCAGCCCAACAUCAACAACUACGACCGAGACGAGAGGGACGGCUGGCAGGAAACGCAGCCCACGCUCAGAGAGAGAAACGCUCUGAUGUUCAACAACGAGCAGAUGGCUGAUGUUCACUUCAUCGUCGGCCCUCCAGGAGAAACUCAGAGAGUUCCUGCUCAUAAGUACGUCCUGGCUGUGGGCAGCUCAGUGUUUGGAGCCAUGUUUUAUGGAGAUCUGGCUGAGGGACAAUCUGAGAUCCACAUCCCUGACGUUGAGCCGUCUGCUUUCCUCAUUCUGUUAAAGUACAUGUACAGCGAUGAGAUCGAGUUGGAGGCUGAUACUGUGCUUGCCACGCUCUAUGCUGCUAAGAAGUACAUCGUUCCUGCUCUGGCGAAGGCCUGCGUCACCUUCCUGGAGACGAGUUUGGAGGCGAAGAACGCCUGUGUCCUGUUGUCCCAGAGCCGGCUCUUUGAGGAGCCAGAGCUGACGCAGCGCUGCUGGGAGGUGAUCGACGCUCAGGCUGAACUUGCUCUGCAAUCUGAAGGCUUCUGUGAGAUUGACCUUCCCACGCUGGAGAUCAUCCUCCAGAGAGAAUCACUCAACAUCUGCGAGGUCCUAAUCUUCCAGGCGGUGCUGAACUGGGCGGCAGCGGAGUGUCGACGUCAGGGCCUGGUGGUGACCCCCAGGAACCAGCGAGUGGUGCUGGGUAAGGCCCUGUACCUCGUCCGGAUCCCCACCAUGACGCUGCAGGAGUUUGCAGAUGGGGCCGCGCAGUCGGACGUCCUCACGCUGAAAGAGACUCAUGACAUCUUCCUUUGGUUCACUGCUUCCAACAAACCGCGACUGGAGUUUCCUUUGGUGAAGCGGGCUGGUCUGGCACCCCAGAGGUGCCAUCGCUUCCAGUCCUCGGCCUACCGCAGCAACCAGUGGCGCUACAGGGGGCGCUGUGACAGUAUCCAGUUUGCAGUGGACCGGCGGAUCUUCAUGGCCGGACUGAGUCUUUAUGGGUCGAGUGGUGGGAAGGCAGAGUACAAUGUGAAGAUCGAACUGAAGAGGCAGGGAAUCGUUCUGGCCCAGAACUUCACUAAGUUCCUGUCAGAUGGAUCGAGCAGCACCUUCCCUGUGUGGUUUGAACACCCGGUUCAGGUGGAACAAGACACCUUCUACACGGUCAGCGCUGUCCUGGACGGAAAUGAGCUGAGUUACUUUGGUCAGGAGGGGAUGACCGAGGUGCAGUGUGGGAAAGUGACCUUCCAGUUCCAGUGCUCAUCAGACAGUACAAACGGGACAGGUGUGCAGGGGGGGCAGAUCCCUGAACUGGUCUUUUACUGCUGAGCCAGAACCUGACAAGUCACAAUGAGAGCUGAGAUUCUCACAGAUGGACUACUGCAAGGAAGUGGAAGCUCAUAGGCUGUUGGAGGCGAACUGUAACCCGACUGGUUUGUCUGUUCUUCUUUAAGGUGAAAAUGACUAACAAUAAAGGUCAAGUGACUGAAA